AUGUCGAAUCUUGUGAUUCGGGCGAGUUCUACCGCUGCCGGUGCCGCAGCUAAACCGGCGUUCUCUGCCGUGCAACAAGUAACGAACUUUGAAGAAACGAUUCGAGAUCGGCCGGACUUUGACCACUCCCGAGCACCGAUUGAAGUGACUAAGUCCCCUAAUCCCAUCUGGACAUUCGGGGAUGGUGUCCGAGUCGACAAAACACCCGAGGCUGAAGAGGCUGCGCAUCGGGAGAUUGACCCUUACAGCCCGGAUCGAGGCGUAUCGCAAAACUAUCGCCUACUCAUCUCCGGCAUCGCGCCGCGCCCUAUCGGUUUUGUCAGCACGCUUUCCGCGGAUGGCAAAACAAAGAACCUUGCUCCCUUCAGCUAUUUCCAAGUCGUCGAUCAGGAUCCGCCGACUUUCAUGCUCAGUUUCUCGUCGCGUUUUGGCUUGAUGAAGGACACGUACAAGAACAUCAAAGAGACGGGUGAGUGCGUCAUCAACACGGUGUCGGAGAACAUGAUAGAAGCCGUCAGCGCCUCGUCAAUCGACGCACCGUAUGGAAUAUCCGAGUGGGACAUCACCGGGCUUACGGAAGCGCCCACCAACACCGUCAAGCCAUCACGCGUGAAGGAGUCGGUGUUCUCCAUCGAGGCAAAGCUCGUUGACAUCAAGGAGUUCGAGAGUCAUAGCCCGGGAAUGAGCGAUGCUGCUAUCUGUCUUCUCAAGGCAACCCGCUUCUGGGUGAGGGAGGACGCAGCGAACGAGGACUGUAGCCACAUCGAACUGGACAAGCUAAGACCGGUUGGUCAGCUUGGGGGCAUGUCGUAUGGCCGGAUUCUGUCUACUUUUGAGCUACCUCGUACAAGAUGGCAGGAUGAGCAGCCAAAGAGUAAAUUUCUAACUGAUUUGCAAGCUUCAAAGACCGAGAAGUUACAGUAG